AUGGCCGACAAGUUCCUCACCACCAUCGGCCUCUCUCGCCGCAGCCACCACCCCUCCGCCGACAGGGACGCCUCCGCCUCCCUGCCGCUCUACUCCCCGAUCGCCGGCGGCGACCUGCCCAGCCCGCGCGACUCGCGCGACCCGAGCAACGACAUGGACGAGAUUGGCAACGACCAGCUCUUCCCGGCCCAGCGGGCCGCCACGGCCAGCGCAGGCCGCAAGGCCGGCGGCUCCCUCUUCGCCCUGCCCACGACGGCACGCUUCCUGGCCGACUUCACGCUCGGCUUCGCCGACGGGCUCACCGUGCCGUUCGCCCUGACGGCGGGCCUGUCCUCGCUCGGCGAGACCGAGACGGUCAUCUACGCCGGCAUGGCCGAGAUCUGCGCUGGCAGCAUCAGCAUGGGCAUCGGCGGCUACCUGUCCGCCCGGGGCGAGUUCGCCGCCGCCGCCGCCUCCAAGGCCGCCGCAGCGGCUGCUGCUGCUGCAUCGGCAUCCGGCGAGAUGGAGAUGGCCGCCGAUGCCGAGAAGGGCGCUGCGCUCCGCGCCGACGCCCUCGUCGACGAGUACCUCGCGCCGCUGCGGCUGCCGGCGGACCUGCACGACCGGGUGCUGGCGCACGUCGAGAAGCGGCCGGUGGUUCGUGAGACCAUCGUCUCUCGAGCCAGUAGCGGCCACGAGGACGACGGAGACGACGACGAGGAGGACGACGAGCGGGCCUGCUCCCCCGUCGUCGUCGGCCUGUCCGUCUCCCUCGGCUACCUGCUCGGCGGCCUGCUGCCGCUGUUCCCCUACUUCUUCGUCGCGCGCGUCAGCGACGGCCUGCUGUGGAGCUUCGUCGUGUGCGUCGCGGCGCUGUUCGUCUUUGGCUUCAGCAAGGACUUUGCGAUGGGCGGCGGCGGCGGCGGCGGCGGCGACGGACAGCGGCAGGAGCUGCGGGCCUGCCGCGGCGAGGGCGGCGGCGGAGGCGUGCCCUGGGCGCGGGUCGGCAGGGCCUCGUGGGAGGGCGCGCAGAUGGUCAUUCUCGGCAGCGUGGCGGCCGGGGCGGCGGUGCUGUGCGUCCGGGUCUUUGAGGGGGGCAAGCACGCUGCCGCUGCCGAGGGCGGGGGCGGCGCCUGA